CGAAAUGAACCUUCCAUUUUCAGUCGCCUGACGCCGAUGAACGUUAAUUUUUGUUCGUUUACAGUUUAAUUCGUGAUGGAUAUCGAUGAAUUGAUAACAAACGUCCAAGUUAAUCCUCCUAUAUGGGAUAAAAGAGUAAAGGGGCAUUCCAAUAGAAUUAUUGUUGACGCCUGUUGGAAAAAGAUAUCAUCUGAAAUGAAAAUUAAUGAAGCUGCACUAAGGAAGAAGUGGAAGUACCUAAGGGACCAAUUCAGCGUUGAGUUGAGCAAAAUAACGCUAAUAAGGUCGAGUGACUUGACUAAAACGGCUGAACCAAAAUGGCCUUAUUUUAAAAAAAUGACAUUUUUAAAAGACAUAGUCGCUCCUAGAGCUUGCUCAAGCAAAUUGAGACCAAAAACGAUUACUACUCUAGAUGAGGAUGAUAUCGAAGCCCAAUUCGACCAGCCUGCCAUCUUAUCAGCCAGUGAUAUCAUAUCAGUGAUGGGAACCAACGCAUUAUAUGAUGAAAAAAGAUUACAACUUGAGCAACAAAAAAUUAACAAUAUGCAAAGCACUUUUCAGCAGGAACCAUACAAUGACGACUUAAUGUUUUUUAAGAGCCUACUGCCUUUUGUAUCAAAAAUACCCAUAGAACAUAAACUUAGAUUCCGGAACCACAUUCAACAAGUUGUCCAGGACUACGCUUUCAUGGGAAUGGGAAGUAAUUUUGAACCGUCAUCUACAGAACUAUUGACAAUUGUGCCUUCUCGUGCAUCCCCAGCUCUGUCAACCCCUCUGUCAUCCCCAGCAACGUCUUCAAACGCUAGCAGGGAAUCGCCAGAACAAAAACCAUUGCUCUAAAAUAAAGAAUCAUUUUCUGAAAGCUAUGCUUUCUCACAGAAUCAAAAUACAGAGAGGUUCUAAAUUAUAGAAUAAAUUCAUUUUUUCGAAAAUAGGCGACUUUAAAGAAAAAUCCCGAGAUAAGUCGAUUUUUAAAUUAUGAUUUUUUGACGUAUAUGCCAUAAUACUGACGUCAUCCAUUUGGGCGUGAUGACGUAAUCGAUGAUUUUUUAAAUGGGAAUAGGGGUAGUGUGGUAUAAUAUGCUUUUUUUCAUGAGGAUCUUUCAGUGCGUCACAGUUUUUCGAUUUCUUUCUAACGCAUUAAAUUGUAUGUGACAGAAAAAACGCACGUCGGUGAUUACAUUUCGUCGGUGACAUUUAAUUAUAUAAUAUAUAUCUACGAAUAUAAUCUGUACAAUUUAUAAGACUAUACAAGUCAAAGAAAAUACCAUUUUAUAAAUGCAAUAAACAAUUGAUUUGUUUUUAUGUCAAAUUGCAAAUAAAAUGUGACAACUUGUAACGGUCACGUUACAAAAAUUAGCUCUUUAAUUAUUAUUAUAAUUAUUUUCCCUCGGUCUCUCAUUUAAAUUCUCUAAUUUCUCGUAAAAGACUUCUGAUGUGACGUCACACUUCGGUGAUGGAACGUACUAUGUACGCCACCUAUCGAGCAAUAGUAUUUCGUGUUCUGAGGCCGUCCUUGUGACAGUCGGAAAGAAACUCAGCUGAGCUUUCACUUUUAGUUGGGAAUUGUUCAGAGUGGCAUGGGACUAAAUUUCGAUCAAGUACCGGUUAAUACCUAGUUUAAAAAAAGAAAAAAUGUGAAUUCCAUUCCAACCCAUUGAGGAUUAUUUGGGAGAAAUAAUUAUUCUUCCAAUGGGGUUUUCUAUACAACAUCAUCGAGUCUCAUGGUAACUACAAUUUUCAUAUUAAUUUUUUUAUAACAAUCUGUUGUCACCCUUUCAUGGUGAAAUAUAUACUUUUUCCGAUUAAAUCUUAUGUGUAAAUUUAUUCACUAAAAUUAGUAGUUAUCUUUAAUUAUUCCAAAAUCUU